AGGGUGGGCAGAGGGCUCGGCCUGAGAGGCGGAGCCCGGCGGGGCGGCCUGUCACACUGUUCCCGCGCCGGGCGGCCGCCGCCACUUCUCUGGACAGUGAAGGCGCCUCACCGGAGCGCUCUGCGGCUCCCCGGGUGAAAACCGGCCCUCCUGAUUUUUUGUUUUUAGAUUCUGAAAAAUGGCUGAUAAUUUAGAUGAAUUUAUCGAAGAGCGAAAAGCCAAACUGGCCAAAGACAGAGCAGAGUUGGAAAGUGAUCCACCUUACAUGGAAAUGAAGGGAAAAGCACCAGAGAAGCUUUCUGAAAACAGUAAAAUAUUGAUCUCCAUGGCUAAGGAAAACAUACCACCAAACAGUCAACAGACCAGGGGUUCCUUAGGAAUUGAUUAUGGAUUAAGUUUACCACUUGGGGAAGACUAUGAACAGAAGAAACAUAAACUAAAAGAAGAAUUGAGGCAAGAUUAUAGACGCUAUCUUACUCAGGGUUUCACACAAGCAAAAAGAAAGAAAAAUUUUCUCUCUACGGGUGAAACAGAUCCAUCUACUCUGGGAGUUUCUCUUCCUAUUGGUGAGAGGUUAUCUGCCAAGGAAAGAUUGAAACUUGAACGCAACAAAGAAUACAAUCAGUUUCUCAGGGAUAAGGAAGAAUCCAGUGAAAAGUUCGGACAGGUAGAAAAGACUGAGCCCAAGAGUGAAAGAAAUGAAAAAUCUAUUUGUCCAGUUAAGUCUGAUCUACCUUCACAAAUACAAGCAUCCUGCAAAAAUUCAGAAGGUCCUAGGAGAGAAGUCUUAACUUCUUCAGAGGCAUAUGAAGAGCUUCUAAACCAAAGGCGACUAGAGGAGGACAGAUACCGACAACUAGAUGAUGAAAUUGAGUUAAGGAAUAGAAGAAUUAUUAAAAACACUAAUGAAGAAGUGGACAUUUCCAGUAAAAAACAUCAGAGGCUUGCCAACAAGGCUGACCUUCCAGAUAGAAGAUUUCGCAGAUUUAAUGAGGAUCGUGGUUUUGAUAGAUGGUAUUAUAGACGAGACCGUGAUCCUGAAGUAAGUGAAGAAAUGGACGAGAGGUUUAGAUAUGAAAGUGAUUUUGAUAGAAGACCUUUGAGAGUGUAUGCAAAUGACAGGAUAUACGGGAACAGACGAGGGAAUAUGCCUCCUAUCGAGUAUGAUGGUGAUUUCACAGAACGGUCAAACAUACGAAUUUCAUCUGCCGGAAAUAACAGCACUCGAGACAAUGUUCCCAAUGAACGAUCCAAAUCUGCUAAUACUCGAGAUAUCUGUAGUCCUUUUGCGGGGAUGGUCUUCGGAGGUGAAGAUAGAGAACUCGUUCAGAGGAGGAAAGAGAAAUAUCGACUAGAGCUGUUGGAACAAAUGGCUGAGCAACAGAGGAACAAGAGACGAGAAAAAGAUUUGGAACUCAGUGUUGCGGCUUCUGGUGCACAAGACCCUGAGAAAUCGCCUGAUAGACUAAAGCAGCUUAGUGUGACAACAAGACACUUUGAAGAGACGAUACCACCUGAAAGACCCAGAGUAGCUUUCCAGACACCUCUCCCUCCUGCCCCAUCUGCCCCACUCAUUCCAUCAGUUCACUCCGUCCCAUCUCAAAAUGAAGAUAUAUAUAAUGGACUCAACAGCACUCUUGGUGAAAUGGUGCCUCCCAGAAUUGCACCUCUGCCUCCACCUCCCCUACUACCACCUCUGGCUGCUAACUAUCGAACUCCUUACGAUGAUGCAUACUAUUUUUAUGGGGCCAGGAAUCCUUUGGAUCCCAGUCUUGCUUAUUAUGGUUCAGGAAUGAUGGGAAUACAGCCUGCAGCUUACGUCAAUGCUCCUGUCACUCACCAGCCAGCACAAUCUGUUGUGAAUAUGGUUGGACAGAAUGAAAUGAAAACUACAAGUGAUCGAGCAGUAAAUUCAGGAUUGUUGUUUGAAGACAAACCAAAGCCUUCAAAACAGUCACUUCAGUCUUACCAAGAAGCUUUGCAGCAACAGAUUCGGGAAAGAGAAGAAAGAAGGAAGAAAGAACGUGAAGAAAAAGAAGAAUAUGAAGCUAAAUUAGAAGCUGAAAUGAGAAGCUAUAACCCCUGGGGGAAAGGUGGAGGUGGUGCGCCUCUCAGGGAUGCAAAAGGAAAUUUGAUAACUGAUUUGAAUAGGAUGCACAGACAAAAUGUAGAUGCCUACCAUAACCCAGAUGCAAGAACCUAUGAAGAUAAAAGGGCUGUUGUAUCUCUAGAGCAAAAUUUAGCGACUUCAAAUGCUGAGAACCUAGAAGAUUCUGCAAAUAAAAACUCAGGUUAUAUGCAGACACAGAGCUCUCCUUUUGCUCGGGGAAACAUAUUUGGUGAGCCUGCAACUGAACUCCAGGUCAAACAGCAAGAAUUAUACAAGAAUUUUCUUCGUUUUCAGAUUGAGGAAAAAAAACAAAGAGAGGAAGCAGAGCGAGAGAGACUGAGAAUUGCGGAAGAAAAAGAAGAAAAACGACUUGCAGAACAGAGGGCACGAAUUCAGCAGGAGUAUGAAGAGGAACAGGAAAAAAAAAGAGAGAAAGAGGAGGAGCAAAGGCUAAAAAAUGAAGAGCUAAUUCGGUUAGCUGAAGAAAGACGAAAAGAAGCAGAAAGAAAAAAGAAAGAAGAAGAAGAAAAACAUAACCUGCAACUUCAGCACUACUAUGAAAGAGAAAAUAUGAUUGGGGAAGAGACGAAGCACUUGAGACAGCCUUCUCCUGUAGUUCCAGCUCUUCAGAACAAAAUUGCAAGCAAACUGCGAAGACCUCCUUCGGUUGACAGCAUCAUUAGUUCCUUUAUUCAUGAAAGUUCCAUGUCCAGGGCACAGUCUCCUCCCGUACCUGCCAGGAAAAAUCAGCUCCGUGCAGAAGAGGAGAAAAAAAAUGUAAUUAUGGAGUUAUCAGAAAUGAGAAAACAGCUUCGUAGUGAAGAGAGGCGUCUCCAAGGCCAGUUGCUACACAUGGACAGUGAUGAUGACAUUCAUAUAAGGAAAAAAGAAAGGAAUCCCAUGGAUAUAUUUGACAUGGCCAGACAUCGGUUGCAAGCUCCUGUUAGAAGAGCAUCUCCUAAGGACUUAGAUCCCGCCACUUUUCAGAAUAUUCAUGACUUUAAUGAGCUGAAAGAUAGAGAUUCAGAAACACGAGUUGAUCUGAAAGUUAUGUACCCGGAUCCUCCAAGAGAUCAUCAUACCCUGGAGAUCCAACAGCAAGCCCUGCUAAGAGAGCAGCAGCGGAGGCUGAAUAGAAUAAGGAUGCAGGGAGGCGCUGAAGUUGACUUGGAUGCCACACCAAACACUAAAACACGAGACCACAGAAUGCCCAGAAAUGACCCUCCUGAUUUCUUGAAAAAUUCACUACUGGAAUCUGACAGUGCUUUUAUUGUUACAGCCUGUUGACAAUUAGACAAUUCUAAACUGAGAUAUUCUGCAGCUGAGCUGGAUCCUCCAAAACUCACCAAUGCCAUGAAAGACAAAACAAGUUUAGAGAAUUGUUCCGGAUUACAACAGAGUAAAAAGACAUGGUAAGGAAAUUGCUGGGAAGAUGACAGGGUGAGCAGAUCUAAAAUGCUGACCUUCCCACAGGAACACCAAGAAAAGCAACUAGAAGUCUGUACUCAACCCUGUGAAAACUUUGAAAAGGUGGGUAAAUGACCACAGCAAGGAGCCACAACCUGGAUCAAGACAAGGAUUAUUCGCAACCAGGAGGAAUCUCAACCUGCUCCUCCCUCUCCUGGCAUGGCAGACAGAUGGCUGGGGCUCCGUCCGCCACAGCUGCAUCCCCAGCCAACGCAUGGCUCUCUUGUAUGCUCCGAAGGGUCCCCAUCUCUGUCCCUGAAGUAAUAGGACAGGUCUUGCUAGCAGAUUGUUCAGAGUCUGGAGGCAGCCUGAAAGACUGAAGCCUUGGUCUGGCUGGAAUUGGAGUCCUCACAGAGCAGGGAGGGAGCUAUGGCCAAGGGCUGAGGG